AUGAGUGCCAAUACAAGCGCCGACAUUAUCUCAGCGCCGGUGAAACGUCCGGUGAAGUGGUUAUCGCACGUGCGGUACGAGCACCUGGUGGCCGGUGUCAUGGGAGGUGUCGUUCCCACACUAGUCCUACACCCGUUUGAUUUAGUGAAGAUACGUAUGGCUGUGAACGAUGGACAGGUAGCCGUGCGACCCAAGUAUAACGGUUUGGUCAAUACGGUCACCACUACUGUCAGACACGAGGGCCUGUCGGGGCUGUACAGAGGGGUCACACCUAACUGCGUGGGGUCGGGUGCCUCGUGGGGCCUGUAUUUCCUCUUUUACAACUCGAUUAAGUCACGUAUGAGUGGCAACCAGACUGUGAAUUUGGGCGCCGGUAGGCAUAUGAUGGCCGCCGCUAUCGCCGGCGUUAUCACCACUUCCUUAACAAAUCCCAUUUGGGUUGUCAAGACUCAGAUGUGCCUCCAGUACGGCACCGGUAGUCAACUGGAAGCCCUCACAGCUAACUCUAAGCAAGCAUACAGCGGAAUGGUAGCUGUGAUGCGGCGGAUAUACCGUACGGAGGGUGUGCCGGGUCUGUACAGGGGGUACGUGCCCGGCAUACUCAACGUAAGUCACGGCGCCCUCCAGUUUAUGGCGUACGAGGAGCUCAAGACGUUAUACGUGACCAGUCGUGGUCUGGAU